CAGCUUUGUUUGCAUGGAUCAUCUGGAAACUCCAUUUGUUGUUGCCGUUUUGGAGACGCACUAAAGGGUCAGCAUCUCUCCAGCAGCGGACUCAAGGACUUGUGCGACCACCUCGACGCGCAACAGAAGGCUCUCUCCCUCACAAUACCGGACCGUACAGCGCACAGGACAACUUUCACUCGCAUUAUUACGCAUGGCUGUGGCUUUGCGCAAAAGCGCGACAGUGACGGCGUCUUGGAAGAAACUGAUGGGAUUCUAAGAAAAAUAAAAACACAGCAACAACAAGCUUUAAGAAAAGACGAUUUGAGGAUUUUUUUUUUUACAUUUCCAAGACAUUUGUGACAAUAAUGAUCUCCGCAUGCAGAACAGGAUAUCCUCUUCUUGUCGUGUAAUCAGGCAGCUGUACGUGUAGGUCCGACGCGUCAUCUGAGAUUCUCGUUUCACAUAGAAAUGGAUCUGUGGGGAGUUUAUCUGUUUCAUCUCAUAACUUUGGCUCUGUUAGAGGUAAUCCUGGCCGGCAGAGACUGCUUGAUGGCUGGAGACUCGUGCUCAAGUGAUGAGACCUGUAGUCCACGCCUGCGGACUUUGCGUCAGUGUGUGGCAGGCAAUGGCAGCGUGAAGCUGGGCCCCGGUGCCAGGAGCCAGUGUGCCAACGCCGUGUCCGCCCUGCUGUCCAGCCCCUUACAUGGCUGCCAGUGUAAACGAGGCAUGAAGAAGGAGAAGAACUGCCUGAGCAUCUACUGGAGCCUUCAUCAGUCUAUCAUACACGGACUCAACCUGGUGGAGAGUUAUCCCUACGAGACGGUGCAGAGAGAUUAUGACUACGUCCGCUUGGCCUCUAUUACAGCUGACUCAGAUGUUGGCAUGACAACUGUGAAUCGCUGCCUGGAUGCGGCCAAGGCUUGCAACGUGGACGACUUGUGCCAGAAGCUCCGCACGGAAUAUGUCUCAGCUUGCAUCAAACCCACGGCCAAGUCGGGCCUGUGCAAUCGGCCUAAAUGCAAUAAGGCUCUGCGCAGGUUCUUUGACCGCGUCCCCGCCGACUACACACACGAGCUGCUCUUCUGCCCCUGUACGGACACAGCGUGUGCAGAGCGUCGAAGGCAGACCAUUGUACCCAGCUGCUCUUAUGAAAGCGUGGAAAAACCCAACUGCAUCACACAGAUGAGGAUCUGCAACGCUGACUAUGUGUGCAGGUCUCGCCUGGCACAGUUCCAGUAUGAUUGCGAACCCUCCGAAAUGUCUGCCAAUGGCUGCAAGCAAGGGAACUACGGAGCCUGUCUCCUCGCCUACACAGGGCUCAUAGGAAGCACAAUAACUCCCAACUAUGUCGACAACUCCACAUCCAGCGUGGCUCCAUGGUGCUCCUGCUCAGCCAGUGGGAGCCGGAGAGAAGACUGUGAUCGUUUGCUGGAAUACUUCACCGACAACAUCUGUCUCCGGAAUGCGCUCAUGAUGUUUGGAAGUGAAUCAGACCAGCAGCCAACUGUCAGCCAGUCCAGUACACCCAGUCCCAGCCACAGCAGCAGUGAAAACAGGAGCACUACUUCUCCACCAGAAACUAUUGAAACUAUGAGGAACAUUCUGGAUACAAUAAUACCAACACAGGCCCUGGGAAAUGAACUACUGGUGGGCCAGGUCACCCUGCCAUCCAACAGCCUCCCAAACUCCGCUUCACCUCCCAGCUUAAUGCUUCAAGCUGCCUUCAGCCUUCUGUUGCUGCUCCUUCAUCUGCUCAACAAUGGACACUAAAGACUGCAGAGGAGCGUGCCGAGGACCCUCCUAGUACCAAGCAGAUGGGUAGUUCAGAGGAAAAUGGACCGUGUGGCGUUACUCCUCCCUCUAAAUAUGUACAGCGAUUCUGUUUUUCUAUUUUUGUGUCUAAGUGGUCCACUUCCACCUGCCGGUGUUCUCACUCAGACUGUGGGAGACCUCUGCAGACCGAAGCCAGUCUGUACAUUUGUACAUUGUUGUUGCGAUCAAAUCAAGCCGAAAUGAAGUCAGAGUACCGCUUUUGUGGACCAACGCAGCUCUCAGCUAUCCAACUGUAUUCAUUUUCAAGAGUUAUUAUGAAAAUAUAUUGCAGAUAUGUAUAAUACAAAGACAUGACGUAUGUCAGUACCUGUGAAGAUUUGUAUUAUCAACAGAAGCUUGUAUUUGAAAUAUCGUAGGGGAAAAUGGUUGGAGUAAACCAAUAAACUUUGUGUCUGCUCUGUUCUCAGCACACAAAGUGAUUGGAAAGCUGCUGGGGUAUAUGGGGCUUUCAUACCACUCUCCUCAAGUGACUGAAAGAGAGCCAUUAUUUCUGAUCAAUACUGGAAUAGUGGAGAGACAAAGAGACAACAGGGCUCUAUUUUGCUCAGACAUCCAGCCAUGAUUCUUACAUGUCCAGCAGCACUAUCCAGAAAACAUGUGGCAGACAAUACAACAGAAGAAAAACCUUGACGUAUUAAUCGUCUUCUCUGUAAAGACUUUUGCCCUUUAUCAAACUAUCUCACACCACUCUCUGUUUUUGUGAAAGCUACAAAAGCUGCUCAUAGAAACAGUCCUACGUCUCUAUCAGCAAAGACAAGGUCUUGGACUUGAAAGGAAAUAAUCCGAAGGGCAGUAACUCUUUACCUGUAGCUGCUGUACUAUGUGUUUGUGAGCCUUUUAUUUCUCAUUGUGUCCGUGAACAUCGCUAUACAGGGGCUCUGAGUGUUUGUGCCAGAGAGGGAAGUGAAUGGUUUGACUUACUGAGCGUCGCCAACGCCAGUGCAGAGCCUGUUUUAGAUCAGACAGUUAUGAAUGAUUCAGUAUUUUGUGUUCUGGGAACGUGCCAGUGAAUUCUGAACAGGACCAGAGGUGCUGCAAAUAAAAGUUAUCAAAUCAUUAUGUUUACAGAAUUGCAUCAUUCAGCUGUUUUUUUCUUUUUAUUACAAAUGGUUCAUUUGGUGUCAAAGUAACUUGUCCGGGGAGACGGAGGCAACACACUGAUACAUGUUUACCUAAACUAACUCAUGACAUCCACAAGCACUCUGGAGUGUAUUAUUUGAAGUGAGGAUAACACAGGAUUUACAGUAUAAUCCAUCCACUUGUGAUACAACAUCUCUCAAACUGAUCUGUCUCACUGAAAACUCAUGAGCUGCUUCACUCCAGAGCUACUGAACUUAUAUCUUGCUUUUCUGGAACUCAUAUAAAGUCCUCUCUGUCCGACAGCAACAAAUUUCAAACCUUACAGCCUUCAAGCAUACUCAAUUUUCAAUGCAUCCCUUAUCUGAAAACUUGAACUAUUUUUGGCACUGCUUUACUCUGAAGCACAUACAGACAGGCAGCGGUAGCUCGCUGCCAAAGUCUUAAGCAGGGGAAUACAAGAAUCAGAGGCCAGAAGAAGCACCAUGAGUGUGCAAGUAAGAGCUGUCCGUGUAUAAUUAGAAGCUAAAGUGAUGACUUCAAGUGGCUGAUUUCUGUUGACGAUCAACUGUAACCCUCCACUGUUUCAUUGUUUACGUUUUGCCUUUAGUUUGCUGGAAACAGACAAUCAACAGUACUCCAGUCACAACAGUGAACGUAAUUAAACCCUGAUUGUAACACAGGAUGAUCUAAUUAUCUUCUUGUUAGUGUUGUUUAAUGUGAGGUGGAAAUUAACUGUGCUGUGAAGGAUCGAUUCAUGACUGUGUGUCAGGUGGGAGGAGGAAAAAACACUGCAGGUGAACCAAUGGAAAAUAUCAACAAUGGCAACUUAAAUUCUAUUCUAAGCCGUAACUACAUUACAUUUAUUACUACGCUGCUAAUGAGACUAAAAAAUAAAACAUUGCUACAAAAGUUGGACAUAUUACACACCAAUUAUUACAGCUUUAAUCAAACUGUACAUGCUUGACACGAGCUUGUUGGUUUUUUCAGUGUGUGCAAAGUGAUGUAGAGUAGUUGAUCUGUUUUUGGCAUGUUGUGUGUCUCUCUGGCGCAUUUAAUCAUUUUUCAGCUAUUUAACUGAUAGUCCUGCAGUUUGGGUUCACACAAUGCCCUAUUUUGUUACAUUAUUUGAAAACUUAAAUCAAUGUGCUGAUUGCCAUGUU